GACUGAUUUACUCCAAAAUACAGAGGGAAUCAUCUAUAGAUGGUUUCCCACGUUAUUGAGGGGGAAAAUACAAAGUCCGCUGGAAGACACCUUGGCAUCCACCGCCAUCAUCCUGCCAUUGUUCCAUGCCUUCCCACUAUUCUCGUCUCCCAAAUGCCUCUGGAGACGCUGACCGCGAGCUCGAAGAUGCUUUCGAAUCCGAAAACGAAGACGACGGGCACACUCACUCGGAACAGACUCCCCUGACCACUAUCAACGUCAACGUCAACGUCGUAAUACCCGGCGCCUACAACUUUGAAAGGGAUUACGACUACCCACCUCCAGGCUCGCCGCCUGGCCUGUCAGCUUUCGCGCUGCCCAACGAUUUUGGCAACACGAACGGCCACAUACCGGCCUCCCCCCCAGGAGAAACUCCUUCUGCCCCAAGACCUUCAUUUUUUCGACGGUUGGCGGGUGCCGUGCUACCUACACACUAUGUUCGUGUCCCUGCGCAACCAGCGCCUUCAGUAAGAGGCGGUGGCAUGGAGAAUGAUGGUGUCUUUGCGAAUGUGAUGGCCAAGCCUGGUAGGCAACGGGUGGUUCGCGCACAGGAUGGAAACGUGCAUAUGGUCCCUGAAGAUAUUCAGAAAGAGCCCCCACCAUCAUACAAUGAAGCCCAAGCUGAUGCCGUCCCACCCUAUUGGGAAACCACCGUUCACGCACCAGCGGGGCCCGAAUCAGGUUCUGAUAUGAUCAUAGAUGACCUCCCUUCGGGCUCCGUCUGGAUAUUCUUCGUCAACAUAUUCAUUUCCUUCUUCUUCCAAAUAAUUGGGUUCAUUCUUACGCAUUUGUUGCACACCUCCCAUGCUGCAAAGUUCGGGUCGCGCGUCGGUUUGGGCUUUACGCUCAUUCAGUAUGGCUUUUAUUAUCGCUCGAUGGAGUCGGACGACGCGACGGGCGGUGAUCAAACUGAUGCGAUAACGUGGCCUCCUGUUGAGACGCCCGAUGUUACGGAUGCAUCAACGGCUGUAACGAAUCCAGAUGAUGUCCAAGUCGUAUCCAGUCUGUCGAUGAAAGAUUGGAUUUCCUUUAUACUCAUGACUGCUGGCUGGUUCCUUGUAUUGUCGUCUGCUGUCGGUUUCUGGCGCGUUAAGCGCUGGGAAACAUCCAUUCGUUCUACUACUACCCCUGAGCGCCCUCAAGUGACAACCCGUGAAGAAGUCGAGCGCGAUAUCGCUGUUCGUCGAAAUUUGGAGACCGUGUUCGGAGUGUCGUUUGAUGACGACGCCACACACCGUCCUAAUCCUCGAAUGGCCCAUAUGGAUGAGAAUGGUCAUGUUAUCGUGAUUCCUGCGGCGGAGGCGCUGGAAGAAGCUAGGCUGGCAAGGGAUCUGAGGGCUGCAGGUUUACUGUAGCGUUUUACUGGCAUUUGACACCUUUUUAUGGAGGUUAUUUUCCAUUUUUUAUUUAGUUCCCUUCAUCCGUCUCGUUCUUCUCUUCACCUUUUUUUAUUUUGGUUUUAG